AUGGCAACUGAACUGGCGAAUAAAAAAGCGGAGCGGGACGCUCUCAGGGGAGUUAUACAGCAGUGGAACGCCAAUCGCUUGGACUUGUUUGAACUAUCGGAGCCCAACGAAGACUUGGAGUUUCACGGCGUGAUGAGGUUUUAUUUUCAAGACAGUGGUCAAAAGGUCGCAACUAAGUGUAUCAGGGUUGCCUCGGACGCGACCAGCCAGGCAGUGAUAGAAACGCUCAUAGAAAAAUUUCGUCCCGACAUGAGAAUGCUGUCCGUCCCAGAAUAUGCCCUUUACGAGAUUCAUGAGAAUGGAGAGGAGCGUAAGCUUGAUUUAGAAGAAAAACCACUACUAGUUCAAUUAAAUUGGCAUUUGGACGAUCGGGAGGGACGCUUCUUGCUGAAGAGGAUCGACGAUAAAACCAAUGCGCAAGGCGUCGGUUUUAUUUCAGUCGAAGGUUCUAGCUUCCGAAGAAAGUUGAGCAAGCGAGAGAAAAAACAGAUCAAGAAGCAGGAGAAGCUCAGUCGAUUAAAGAGUUUAGAGCAGGAUGAGAAUGCGAUGCCUGGUGAUCAGAACGGUGUUGCCGAGAAGCUUUACACGGAAUUGCCUGAGACCAGUUUUACGAGGAGCAUCUCGAAUCCGGAAGCGGUGAUGAGACGACGUCGCCAACAGAAGCUUGAAAGAAGACUCCAACAAUUUCGUAGUAAAGACGGCGGUCCUGACACAGGCGGCACAUUGAAAAUUUAUGGUGAGGCGUUGUGCAAGGACGUGCCAUACAAAACGCUGCUAUUGAGUGUGCGAGAUUCCGCCGCUCAGGUUGUGCGAGAAAUGCUUUCUAAAUAUGGCCUGGAAAAAGUGGACCCACAGUUAUAUUGCCUUGUACAGAUUAAUAGUGAGAACGUGAGUGGCAAUGCUCAUCAGGAAUAUAUAUUGGACGACGACGAGUGUCCUUUGGCGAUAUUAAUGAAUCAUCCUUCCACGCGAGGUUCCAUUAUGUUUCACGUGAGGAGGAGGCCCGCAGAUUACAUGCCGCGGAAACGUAAAAAGAAACCAGCCGGAAAGUGGAACGAGCUGGAUCAUAAGUACGAGGACGAGAGGCUACCAUUUCUGCUAGAACUUAAUCCUGACGGCAGCGAUAUCCCGAAUGGCGCCGGAGUGCGGCACCGAUUACAACCAAAUGUCACGGAGGUAGGAUCAGAGAGACCGAUAGGACCGCAAGCGGUGCAAGCGCAAACACUGACGCUGCCGGGACCGACGGUGAUGCCCAGGCAUUGCGUUAUAGCCUUUACCGAGAACAUUGUGACUCUCACACCAUGUUCCAGAGAUGCGCAUACGUAUGUUAACAAUCAGAGGAUACAUCAGACGACCAUUCUGCAGAAUGGAGCUAUCAUCAAAUUCGGCAGAAUGCACACCUUUCGAUUCAUUGACCCGGCGCCGGAAGAGCGCAUUAGGCAGAGACACGAUUCCAAUAAACAGAUCGACUACACUUAUGACCGACGCUCGCCGGACGCGACCAGUCAGGAUGUCAGCUCAGAGAAGUUUCAUCCGGGGUCUGGAACACCGAACGGCGGUGGUCAGAUCUCGGGUCAAGCUCAAGAGCGAGCGACCCCGUCAAGUCCUUCGAAGUCUGCUGUUGCAACAGUUCGUAGUCCUCGUAGUCCCACGCACCCGCCGGAGCCCACGCACAAUUAUGAGACCACAUUCGACCUGGAUGGAAACGUGGAGACUGCUAGUCUAAGCAGCAGCAGGGAUGGUAACAGGCUCUCACAAUACGAUCGGCAACCGCGAGGCACCGAUCCAAUUCUGCCAGCUGUCUUAGAAUUUCUCGAGGAAACAGAAGAGACAUUCCUUCACGCUGUCAUCACUGAUAUAGAACCCUCGGCGCCACAGUUCAAGUUGGCGCCAACCUAUACCCUCUAUCUCAGCGCCAGAUAUCGCGCCAGCACUCAUUAUAGACCAGAAUUGCAGCCUACGGAAAGAGCGCACCGACUUACCGUCAUGUUGGCGAAUGUUGCUACUAUGAUACAACGCGUUAUCCAAGAACGUUACAUGGACGCUUCGUCAUUGGCCUUUUGGCUAGCGAAUGGCUCAGAGCUAUUACAUAUGUUGAAGAGCGACCGGCAUGUGGGUGCAUUUUCCACGCGAGCGCAAGAUAUCUUAGCAGAAGCGGUACAUACGGCUUUCGGCUCAUUGGUGCGCUGCAUCACAUUAGAGCUUACACCAGCAAUGACACAGUUCAUGGCGGACGCAGAUGAACCGGCGAAGGAGGCUGGAGUACUGCAGAUUUUUUCAAACACGAUGGCCUUAUUACGACGAUGCCGUGUGAAUGCCGCAUUGACGAUACAGUUAUUUAGUCAUCUGUUUCACGCGAUCAAUGCCACGGCUUUCAAUACCCUCGUCUCGAAUGGAAAUCUGUGCGUCAGAUGGUUCGGACGCAGACUUAAAGCGAGACUAAAUGCAUUAGAGACCUGGGCCGAAAGGCAAGGCCUGGAACUUGCCAGUCAGUGCCAUUUGGCGACGAUCAUGCAGGCAACUCAUCUACUACAAGCUCCGAAAUACAAUGCUGAGGAGCUGGCUACGCUAAGCUCGACCUGCUUUAAAUUAAAUUCUCUACAAGUGAGGGCAUUACUACAAAAAUAUCAACCGGCUGCGGACGAGCCUAGGCUACCUGCCGAGUUGAUCGAGAACGUAGUGAGAGUAGCAGAAAGUGUCGCGGAUACGCUUGCGCGUGCAGACGGCCGCGAAAUAAGACUAGAGGAGGAACCUGUCCUAGGGUUAGCAUUGCUACUUCCCGAGGAUGGCUACAGUUGCGAAGUAAUAAGAGGUGUUCCACCGGGAUUAGCGGAAUUUCUGACACCUCUGCAACGAGAUGGAUUAUGUCGAAUGGCAGCCCAACCUACUAGUAGUGGUUAUUGGACCAUUUACAUGAUAGAUCACCACAACAAUUUGCGUAGUCCCAGCGCAAUGAGUAAUAGAUCUGGUGGCUACAUCAGUCACAUAAAUCAAAACCAAGCUCAACCUGAGAUACAUGUUAUUAAAUUACACAAGAGUACCAACGGUAUGGGCUUAAGCAUCGUUGCAGCAAAGGGCGCAGGACAGGAUCGAUUAGGUAUCUACAUCAAAAGUGUUGUUGCUGGUGGUGCCGCAGAUGCUGACGGCAGAUUGACGGCAGGUGAUCAACUACUCAAGGUAGAUGGACAAAGUCUGGUCGGGAUAACACAGGAAAAAGCUGCUGAGUAUCUUGUACGUACCGGUCCGAUCGUGACAUUGGAAGUUGCGAAACAGGGAGCUAUAUAUCACGGACUUGCAACGUUAUUAUCUCAACCUUCUCCGGUGAUGUCAAGAGCAUAUAAGACUCGGCCCAGGUCCGAGCUCUUAGAGUCAGCGGUAGAGACAACGGAGACGACCAAUCAGCCAACCACGUCACACUCAAUGGGUGACUUAUUGUCCUUUCCGAAGCAGGUGCCGUGUCAGGAGUUAGUUCAACCAGGAAUUACAAAGGACUAUAAACACUCGCUGCUAACGGAACCGCUGACUGUCGAUAAAAAUCUUUUCGAUAAUAUACCCUACAUUGAUCAAACCGAUAGUAUUAACUUCACAGAGUCCUCUGAAUGUGUUCAGACAAACCCAAGUAACAAAUGCGAGCAUUGUAUUAACGCCGACUGUGACAACUUUAAUCUUGAAAAUUCUCAGAAACGCACAAAUGUAGAGCGUAAUAGACAGCAGACUUUAAACGUUCUAGAAUCUAGUUUUGAGUUAAAUACACGUAACAAUCCAAACUUUUCAUUGAUUAGCUCCUUUCCUGCGAAUAAUUCAAUAUUGUUUACCAAAGACACUACAAUUGGAUCAGACUCCGUUGUAGAAUCUAAAUCAGAUGAUUUCUUGCGCUUUUAUGACGUGGAUACCACAAAACAUGUACUGAAUAUUGAUGAACGAUACGAGGACAAAUUAGAGGAUACGUCCAAUUCCGAAGAUUGCGCGGACGAAUCUAGUUCCACGAUUAACGAUGAUUGCGCGUCGAAUAGAACCGACAGAGAUACCGAGGAAGGAAUCUCGACUCCUAAAAUGCACACAAUAAUGCCAGAGUUGCAUCUCGAUCUGAGCGGACUGAACAACGACGUGUCCAGUGACGAAUCUAAAAUAGAGAAAUGUUGGAAGUCACCGGAAGAAGUGCGCUUAGGGUGCGGUAGAGUCGCAGCGUUAGCGAAACAUUUCUCAAAACUUGGCGAUGCUGGUUUAAUCAAGUUUAAGUCCACCAAGUUGAAUGGUUCCCGUCAAUUUGUGUCUGAACCAAAUAUUAUGACGUCGCAUAAAAGCGACGAACAUUUGCACCAUUCUUAUCACGCGCAGAAAGAAUACAAAUCGGAUUCGAAUUUGGCAAGAGAAAGAGAUGAAAAUUCUCGACUCUGUUCAGAUGCGAGACACAACAAUAUCACUCUAGUUGAUGUUGAAGCAGAUGGCGAUUUUGCGAUCGAAAAAUGUAAGUUUCAUCAUUGCGGUGCUAGACGAGUCACAAUUGCCAAGAUUCCAAUGAACGAACAAAUUACGAUUGAUACUGAGGAAAGUACAAUCCAAGCAAGGGACAAAAAUCACGAUAAAGAUAUUAUCAAAGAUGAAAAUAAAAGUUUACUUGAUGCUAAGAAGGACAUAGCUUUGAUAAAAGUUGAAAAUAUAUCGCAUAAUAGUAGCAAAGAUCAGGUGUUUUUUAAUACCAAAGGGGAUAUAACUUUUGUCAAGAGGGAGAACAUGGCAAUCGAUAGCAGCAAAUCUCAAGCCGUUUUUACAGGUGGAAGUAAAAAAAAUAUGUUAACUGGGAAAGAUAACAUUAAAAAUAGUAGUUCCAAACUCUCCUUCGAGCAGCAGAGAGUAAUCACAGAACAACUCGAGCAAUUCUCAAAUCUAGAUAACACCGAUGCACCUUUAUUUAUCCCAAAGCAAGACAUGUCAAAAGAUUCUACCGUUUUUAAAAAAAAUCAGAAUAAUGAAAUAUUCGCUAUUUAUGAUUUGACUCAGUUGAAUUUAAUAAAGCAAUUAGAGGCAGCAUCUCGAGAAAAAUUAUUGUCGUUGAUCGAUAUAGAUGAUAACUUUAAAAAAAUGAAGAAAACUUCUGAUUCUUUGUCGUCCUCUUCUCUGCCUUCCAUUCGACUUCCUUCAUCUUCCAUCGUGCUGUCACUAUCGAACGUUGUGAAAAGUUCUCAGCUCUCGGAAAAUAUUAAGUCACAGAUUCAUCAAUAUUGCGGAAGAUAUCCUAAAUGCUUGUUUAUAAAUAUUUCUGCCGCUAAGAAUUGCUCCAACGACACCUCGGAAAGCUCAUUGAUGUCACAUACAAACGUGUAUUCACGAUUAGGUGAUAAUAAAUGUUCAGUUCUGCGAAUGCGAAUUGUCAGACCUCUUUGUAAUAGCGAAAGUAAUCUAAUCGGUGCUGCAAUUUAUGGUAAAGAGACUGAGAGAUUCAUAAAUCUUCACGACAAGUCUUCUAAAUUAACACGAAGUUGUGAAAGUAUUUUAAAUAGUAAAUUUUUAUCUGAUUCUGAUGAUCGAACACGAUCUUUCGAAAAUAUCUGCAAAGAACUAGAUUCAACUUGCAAGUUUUACGACACAUUCAUCUCAAAUCCUAAGGAAAGUGUACGAUGGCAUCAUCAUCGUUCUCUUGAAGAAUUAAAAUCGAAAAAAGGAUCGAGGAAGCGAGACAAUUCGAUAAAUUCUAUUUCUGUUCACUCUACCCAAACAAAAUUUGACAAAUUCUACGGUGAUCGAUUAGACUUCGAGGACGGAGAAUGCAUACAUUGGAAUCGUCAUUUGUCGCUUGAAGAAUUGAAAUCUAAGAUAGAAUCACACGAGCGAGACAAAUGUACGAAUAUAGAACGAUCUGCUGACGUACAGAAAUUUAACUGGAUGCUGAAAAAGAGACUUUGCAUGAAGCGCAUAAAUGACGAUCGGCUGAAAGAUAAUUCUCUUAAAUUGUCGCAUGAAAAAGCGAAAGACAUGGAACAUCAAAGAUUGAGAAUAGAAGGGAAAUCUCAGAGCAAGUUUGACGUUUCGAGACAGAAGUCCGAUUCAGAGAAAUACAAUUGGAGUUUCCGCGAGAUCAGCUCACUGAAAGAUGAUGACCGGUCCGCUUUGCGUCCUCGUCGCAUGAGCGAGCGGGAUUUACCGUCGCGGCUUGAACACGAUGUCACUCUUCAGCAAAUCCAUAGCAGCAAGUCUGUACCGGCAUUGCAUAAUAUGGGUACCGAGACUAAGCAACAGCAUGAAGUGUUCAAUCCCGGAUACAGCAGAGCUUCUUCCAGCAACAGCGUUACACCGCCUGUUCAACCACCUCCUAUGGCGACGAUCAACAGUGCAACUUCUUUACGUUCCAGGUCGAGCCAUAACUUGCAUGAUCCCAUGAGAAUCGGAACUUUACCGUCCACUGGCUUGAUCAGCAGGCAGCAAUCAUCGCCCAAUUUAAACCCAAGUACGUCGCACAUGAGUACACCGUCGAAUGUACAAGGCACAGAAGCAGAGCGAUUUUAUCAGAAUCUGAAUAUUUAUCGAAACCAAGAUUCGACGGUGAAGCAACAAAUCAGUCCACAACAGUCAGAAGAUAGAAAUCCUCAGCACAUCCAAAAGGGUUCAUUAAAGGGUUCACAGAACUCAUUGAACCGUCCCUCUACUAUGGAAGUUGGCAGCCAUUUCCGAGACCGUCCGACAUCCGCUUACAUUACCCAAGGCCAACAGCAGAGCUACUCGGUGGUCAGCAAUCAAAUGCAGCAACACACUGGUGGUCCACCACCACGUUCCCAGUCUUCGCGCGACAUUAUCCGCCAGGAGGCGAAGAUGCAGGAGAUGCAGGAGGAAAUUCGCCGACGAGAAUUGCGUGGCGGCGUACCGCUACUCAAUCAACAUAGACCGCCAAUGUACAUCAGUACUCGAGUGACGAUUCCUCCUGCUCAACAAGUGUCGAACUUGCGUUUACCAAGGCCACUCGGUUCCACGUCGAAUCUAGGAACGACCUCCAACUACAUGGCGAGACAAAACGCGCCUAGUUACAAUUACCCGGAUGCCCAAUAUGCUCAGUAUAACAGCACGCAGUAUGGUCAAUACAAUCAGUAUUCCAACCGAUAUCUGGUAAUCGGAAGUCAAUACGGCCCGAUGAUGAUGCCCAAACCGAAAAACGAGACGAUCGCGCGCGACCAUCAGCCGAUGCCCAAUGAAAAUCUAUUCGGCAGAGACUCGAACAACCAAGAAGCAAAGUCAUACGCCGAACAGAACCGACAUUUUGCGGGUUCACAGAAUUAUCCGCAUUAUCCGAAUGGUAACCUAGAACACCGCGUCGAUCAAUAUGAGAAUGACAACGUCAAUCGUGCGCAAAACGGAGAUGGCCACUCUACAGAAGUGCCACCAACGAGACCGGCUUUGCCAUCUGAGGAUACAUUUAGCGAAAGUCCACCACCACCGCCACCUAGCACUUCGACGCACCCUCUGUACAAGCAAGUCGAUACGAGAUAUACCGCAAGCAUGCAGGAUCCACCACGAGGUAGUUAUUAUCCUGUGGGAGGAAUCAGUGCCAUGCAGCAACCGCGUCAGUAUCAAUAUAGCGCGACGAAUCCUUGGCAACGUGAAGAAAGAGAGAAGGAACAAGCUCGUAGAAUAGAAGCCGCUCGUCAAUGGCGAGAUCAGCAGAUUACCGAGCUAAGCGCGCUGACACAUCGAACUCAGCAGCAAGAGGAGCAACUGCGAGCUCUUCAACUAGAAAGAGAUUUCCAGAAGCGUGCGGAGGAGAUUGCCAAUCAAGACGAUGAUGAGGAGAGCAACGAUUUAGACAACGAGAGUGUGCAGCGCGUUCAGGGCUUGCUAAGGAUGGCAGCCAGUCAAGACAGAACAGUCCAAGAAACUCUGCAGCCACUGACUUUAUCGAAAACAAUUACAGGCAACCAGUCUAUAAGAGGUAGUUUGCCUCUCCUGAGCAGCCAAUCUGUCACCAGCAGCCACGUUCACAUUCUGCCCAAUCAAACAGCGCCUCAAAAUGUCGAAAUGAGCAAUCCGGGUCAAGAAAAUAAUGGCUUGCACGUACAACCAAAUCAGCAGCAACAACAAACGGUGGGUCAGAAUGAAGAGCAUGUGUCGCCAGCUAAUUAUGGCACACAUAGCCAUUUCAGUUCUGGUCAGAAGUCUUAUUCCAUGGGUAUGUCGCACUCCGUAGAAGAUAGGGAACUGCAACGGAAAAUGGAUGAAGUGAAGCAGAAGCAGGCUGGAUAUGAAGAGAAUCAGAAAAAACAAGAAGAACAGCAGCAGCAAACAUAUCAAUUGAAUCAACAUCCGCGCAGUCAGCUACAUCCUGGCAUGUUGCGCUUAGACAACUUGAUUAUUAAUGGUCCUAACAUAUCUACAUCUUCGCAAAACAAUGUAAAUGAUGCACCCCCACCACCAGAACGAGGUUCUAGUUACGCUGUUAUGUCACAGCAGAGUGCUCUCAGAUCAAACGGCUCGACCACAUCUAAUCUACCUCCCACUUCUCAACAGUCAGCAUCUAUGAAAAGAGUUUCUUUUCAUGAUUCGAAUGCAAACAGUGAGUCCAUGGUGCGCAAUGUAUCAUCUGGAAUGUCAAAUCCGCCAUUAAUCUCCAUGGAUACCAUUAGAGAAGAUCCCAAUAAUUUUAUCAACGACGCAGAGAAUUUAUUAGCCUCUGCCAAGACACCGGAAGGAUCCGGGACUUCGUUUACUGGCGCCACCCCUGGUGUAAUCGGAGCUCAAGAAGUCUAUAAAGACCCGAGACAAAAGCGACUGGCGGAAAAGCAAAAACAGCAGCAAAACUCGCAGAUUGGCGCGGUGCCGGAAAAACUCAGCUUUAAGGAGAAAAUGAAAAUGUUCGCGAUGGAAACUGGCGAGGAUGGCACACCGCGAGAUAAAGUGAAGAUCUCGCGCGCUCAGCGUGAAAUUGAUAACAUCAGCAGUCCACUUAAUUCCAAUAAUAACAAUAAUAACAAUAACACCACCAUUAGCGGCAAUAACACUAAUAACAAUAGGACCUAAAAAAUGUUGUAUUUUUAUUUUCAGGCUUUAGCAAUUAAGAUAGAUGAAAUAUUUUUUGAAAUAUCUAGGGCGAUUGGACGAAAGUCACGAUUGUAAACUGCAUAACCGCGGCACGAUAUAUGUGAAAAGAUAAUCUUUUUAAAUUUUAUAUAAUUUGGCCAAAAGAUAACGUUGAUCACGCUGCUAAC